AUGGCUACCAAUGCGCCCGCACAGGGCCACGCCCCGCCAGAGCCGCAGAAGCAGGCCGGCCCGCCGCAUCCUCUCGAGAACAUGCAGGCCAUGAUGAACCUCGUCCUCAUCACCAGCGGCCGCUACAUGAAGACGGCGAAGCAUGCGCCCGCCGAGUCGCCCAAGAUGCAGUUCCAGCUCAAGCGCGCCGUCUUCGCCGGCAGCGAGCGCUUCCACGACUCGCUCGACGAGCUCGAAAAUGAGAUCCGCCACGCGCAGGCCGUCUUGCGCCGCGACCUCGCCCAGAUGCGCGCCCAGAGGAAGGAGAAGGAAGCUGCCGCCAAGCAAAAGGAAGCAGAGCAGGCGCGGUUGGCGACCGAGUCCAAGAGCAUUCCACCGCCCCCGAGCGAGGAAGUCGCACCGCCAGCGUCGCCUACGCCCGUCAAAGCCGAGCCCGCAGAGCCCAUCAAAGUCGAGCCUGAGCCAGACAAGGAGCCCACGCCCAAGGCUCCGACUCCUCCUGCAGACCCAGACGUGUCCAUGGAGAACACGGACAGCCUUGGCGGCAUGCAAGAGAGCGAAUUUGACUUCGACGCUGUGUUCGGGGACAGCGCCAUGGACACUUCAGGCGACGCCGGGAACGAGCACGGCGACCUGAACUUGGACGCGGGUGCCGACCUCGAUUUCACGCUAGAUGAGCAGCCAUCCGACGGGCUCCUGCGGGGCCUCGAAGACUUUGCCAAAGGCGGGACCGACGACAUCGUGGCCCAGAACAAUGCCUCAGCCCUCGAUCUUGACGACUUCAACAUGACGGACAUGCCCGACUUGAAUGAAAGUGCACCACCCCAGGAGCCCAUCACAGCCUCAGCCACGACCGAGACUACGAAGCAGGACACCGCGGGUCAGGAAACCACUACCAAUAGCGAGCUAAACCUCGACACCAUGACUGUUGACAAUCUCGAUGAUCUGUUCAACUUGGACGACUACGAGAACCCAGAAGCCACUCAGUUCGACGACGCUUUCAUUGGCUUUGACGACUAG